GUUAGCUAAGCCCCCUUUCAAGAGUCUAUAAAUAGCACUCUGGUUCUUCAUCUUCUUCAUCAAGCUCAAGUUCCUGAACUAGUAAGAAGCAGUCACACAUAGUUCUUCAUAUUCUCUCCAAAUCUCUAGUUCAAUUCUCUUUCCUCUUCCAAGACCAAAACAUGGGUGUCACCACAUAUGCCCAAGAAUUCACAACCCCCGUUGCUCCAUCAAGAAUGUUCAAGGCUUUGAUUCUUGAUUCACACAACCUAAUUCCCAAGAUUGCCCCUCAGGGUAUCAAGAGCAUCGAGUUCGUUGAAGGAGAUGGAGGAGCCGGAAGCAUCAAGGUCACCAACUUCGCCGAAGGUGGUCACUUGAAGUUCCUUAAGCACAGAAUUGACGCUCUUGACACCGAGAAUCUGGUUUGUAAGUACACUCUGAUCGAAGGUGAUGUGAUCUUCGAGAAGAUCGAAUUGGUCGUCUAUGAGGUUAAAUUCUUGGCUUCGGGCAACGGUGGAUGCGUUUGUAAGAUGACGAGUGAAUACCACACUAAGGGGGAUGUGGAGCUCAAGGAAGAAGAAAUCAAACAAGGCAAAGAAAAGGCUAUGGGACUCUACAAAGUUGUUGAAGAGUACCUGUUGGCAAACCCCGAUGUGUAUGCUUAAAUCACAACAUCUUGUGCCGUUUCCGUCAUGCGUCAAUUUGCCCCAAUUUCCCCUUUAUCUGUCGCUAUAAGGGAUAUGCAAGUGUGUUGUAUUGUAGUUAUGAGUGUGAUUGAAUAAAUUCCCAUGGAAAUGGGUUGAUGUACUACGAGUAACUUGAUCUAAUAUCAUAUCGGAGUGAAGAGAGUUCUCAUGAUUGACUGACUCUUCACGUGUCCA